AUGACAUCCACUGGCGCUCGACUGCGACAGACGUUUAAAUAUCCAACGGACUCAGAAAGCUCGGACGCCUCACGCGAAGAGCUUGACGAGGAAGAGCAAGAGAACCUGAUCUCCACCCUCCACAACCAAAACGCCCAACAAAACGCCCUGUACACCCUUGUUUUCACCAUCCUCCCUCUGUUUCUUAUCCUACCCUUCAUCUUCACCUUUCGCUUCUCUCCCCUCCUCAGCAUCCUUGGAGUAACUUCUCUCCUCAUAUCUACUGGCCGGAUACGCUUCUCCUCUCCAUCAUCAUCACCAUCGCCGACGCCACCACCUCCUCGACAAGCCAACCAGGCAGCUACCUCGGGAAUCUUAAACUGGCUUCAGAUAACGGACUUUGAGCAUCGACUCCUGGACGCCGUGCCAGAAAAUGGCCCUUUAAGGAUGGCGUUACCGUGGCUGAAUGGCGCGAUAUGUGUUGUGCUAGGCUUGGCAGCCAUGGUGCUAUAUCGAAGAAGGGGCAGAAGCAGUGGUUCAGGACGUGUGGAAGCUGAGGCCGAUGGGAUGUGGAUCUUCUGCUUACUACCGAGUAUCGCAUGGGCAAUGGUCGAGGUGGCAUUGCGAAGCAUGGAGGACGUUGGCAAAGGUGUUGGAGAGUUGGAAAGGUUGAGGUAUCGGUAUAAAGGAGCUUGA